GUGAGUUGUAACACCAUCCUGACUCGUAACUCCUUAGGGGUGUUAUGUCAUGGUCCUUUUGCCUCAUCUACGACACGAGAACAGAGUAUGCUGAAUGUCAGUAAUGACGGACCCCAACCGAAGAAUUUCAUCAAAAGAAAUGAGUGGGGAAGCACCUGCUCAGAGACGUAAGACCAACAAGGGGAGGUGCCAGCAGAUUGGAUGUGAGCGAACAACAGAAGAAGACAAGGAGGAUGUAGAUGAUGAGGCUCAUCCUGAGAGCGGCACUUUAGUGCUUUGGGAGAAGCGUUUUGAGCAGAGUAUAUUUGUGGAUAUUAGUGAUGAUGACAGCCUCCAUUUGAGUGACCUGCAAGGCUCCUUCAGGGUGCAUGUUUCACAGAACCAGGGGAGCAUGCAUUCCAGUGAAAACACAGGCCUUUCCAACUCAUAUGAGGUUGAAGAGGAUUCCUCUGAGAGCCCUGUCUCCAUCAGCAAUGAACAUAAAGAUCAUGGCCACAUCAGAGUUGUCGAAGGAAAUGAGGCAAAGGGUUCAGUUCCAUACCCCAAAACACCAGAGCAACCGCGGUGGAGGCCUGACGAUGACAACACCAGCGAUGAAGACCAGGAGGAGCUACCAUACGAUGGUGAACUUCACCAGAACUACUUGUUCCACACUGAGAGCCAUACAGUGAACUCAAAAGAGCUUUGCAUUGUGAAUGAGACAUACCAACAGGGCUCUGCUGCAUUCUGCACCCUCAGCAAGCCCAGCAGAGAUACUGAGAAAGUAAAUGGUGGAAUCUACAACACUGAUCAACCUAUCGUUGGGGUUGUCCAAGGGCAGGAGCCCAGCCGAGUUUCAGCAUCAGUUCCUGAGUUCUUGCUUAGGCAUUUCUCCCAGGAUGAGCUGAUCAACUGCGGCAGGUUGAUUGAGGCAGAAACCAUGCCGGAAGUCUCCCUGCUGGACAGUAUCGAUGAGACAGCACGGAGCAGAGCUUCAGCCAAGCUCCACACCACCUCAGGAGUGGGAUGCCACAGUGCUAAGAUCAAAGCCAGUCCGUGUCUUCUGGAGGAGAACGAGUCCAGCAGAGGUGAAAGCCACACAGCCUCAGAUUUAACAGACUCAAAGACGAGAGUCACUGAAACAACAACACAGAGAAAUAAACCCACUGACCAACUGGUAAAUCGUUCAGGCAUCCACAAUCAGUCUGACUCCUCUAUAGUGUUCAGAACAUCUUGCAUCAGUAACGGAGACACCAGUCCAGUCAAUUUAGCUGAGGAUGAGAAGGAAGACGAAGAGGAGAAUGCAGGGCAUAGCUGUAGUGCCAGCACACCAAAUCUGCCUAAGGCAGACAUCCAGAGCGCCAGGUUUCUUUUGGGAAGGACGAGGUCCUGCAGCGAGCUAAAGUACGGCCAGGGGCAGGUGCACUACCCUCUACCCGACUUCUCCAAAGUGGCCCCUAAAGUCAAGAUCCCCAAGGGUAAUGGACCCACCAAGCCUGACUGCCACACACCAUCUGCAGACAGAGCUCACGCAACAGCAGGCAUUCUGGGUAAAUCCCCAUCCUCCUGUACAGUUGAUGUCAUCAGCCGAGUUUUGGAGGACUCUAUCUGGCUGACUGAGAUGAGGAAAGAUGAGGAAAAGCAAUCUAGACUGGAUCAACAUUUACAGGCUGAAUAUAACAGAUUACUUGCUAAAUAUCCUGAAGAUGACAACCUAAUCAAUCUGAUGAGACCAAGGGAUCAGACACAAAUCUUCAGUGAACAGCCACCCUCAACACACAAGAUAGAAACAGUCAGUGGACCAGACAUCACACAAGGCCCAGCCCAGACCAGAGCUUCUCCACAAACCCCCCAGUCAACUGUGGAAGGGUUGGUUGAGGUGAAAAGAGAUGCUGUGCAGAGCUCACUUUCCAUGCAGAAGAGCAUAACUGAGGGCCAGAGACUGACCACUGAGCUCAGAGCCGUUAUUGAACAGUUUGUGAAGAAGGUGGAGGAAUUCAAAAAGUGCAUCAGCAACAUGUCGCUAACUGUUGAAGAACAGCAAAAGAUGUUUAAGGGCAUGAUGGAGGCUCUGGAUCAGCUGGAGCGGAACUACAUGAGUAAGAAAGAGGAGCACAGAGUGCUGGAGAUGCAGAAUUAUAUGGGUUUCGACAGGAACACGGGGGAGUUUGACCCUGACAGGCAGGUGGAAGGAGAGAUAUUCCGGCUAGGCAUGCAGCUGGAGGACAUAAAGGAACAGAUAGACAGAAACACCCAUCACGCGCUCUCUCUUCCUCACUCAUCCUCCACUCCCACUCCUUCACUGCAUGGGGAGAUCGUCCCUUCUGCCUCAUACCAGGCAACACUCCAUGAGGAGCCAGUCUUCAGUUUCUCCACUAGCGUGGGAGAGGAAGAGGAACACUUUAAAACCAUCAAUGAUGGGCCUUCAGCUGCAGACUCACCCCUCAGCUGCCCGAGCGAGAACAGCUUCAGGCUACACGUCUUCAGCCAGAUGUCCUGCACCAGCAGGGAGGAUGAGGAGGGUAGCAUGAACGUGCCAUGUGAGGAAGAAUACUGUGAGGACUUCCUGGCGCAGUUAACCGAGCCAGCUUCACGAAAUCAUCAGAGAACACCAAACAGAACUGAAGAUAUAGAAUUUCACAUGCAAGACCCCCCAGAACAGCAUACCAACAUAGCACAGUUGCAGAGAUUCGUGAGCCCGGAGACAGACAGCGGUUUUGGCGCCUCUGACCAGAGCCGACCACCUACUGGACUGUCCCACACCCAGUGUAACACUGAGAGUUUGUCACCUUCUGAUGAUGUCGCCAGCAUGACAAGUGUGAGCACAUCGGAUAAUGAAGCAUCGCACUCUAAUCUACACACUGCUAUCUCUGUUGCAACGUGGGCUGGUUGGCCCCGAAUGGGUGAUUCAGAGCCGGAUCAGCUCUCUAACAAUGUGCAGAACAUUCACAAUACAAGAACACAAGAGAACUACACUACCCAGAAUACACAAGUGGGACUGCACAGCAUGGCAGAGGCCCCACUGUGUGAGGGUGCCACUCUCCAUUCUGUCUCUCUGCAAGAACCAAGCCAAGAAGAUCAGUUAGCACAGAUACAGAAGCCUACUGCGGUCGAGAUGCCAACUAGAGCCAGGCUCUUGCAGUGCUCCUGUCCCAACAGUGAAGCUAUUAGUGCACUGCAAUACGAGGUGUCUCACCUGAAGAGGGCACUGGAGGAGAGUUUGGGUCAUUUGCCACAUCUGAGCUUGCGAAUGGAACACCUGAGCAGUAUGUAUUCACAGGAGAAGAGGCUGAGGAGCCGGCCUCGUUCACGACACCAGCACAGACUGUCUUCCAGCAGAUGCCUUAACACAGAUUUGGACCUUCAGAGGAUGGAAGACUGGAACUCCUCUGAUAUGGAGCCCAGCAAGAUCAAAGGAUCAGACAGUGCAGAAUCCAAUCACACUGAAAUGCCAGUCUUUUUUAAUCCCACCCACAGAGGCGCAGCCACUCACUCCAAAAGUCCCUCCAACAGAAGAUUACAUGAUGUGAAAUGCUCUUUCACAGCCUCACUAGAGAGCCUGUCUCAAGAUACUUCUCCGUCUAAACCCAGCAACAAUCAUCAAAGAGCUGUUGUUCUUGGAGCUGAUGGCAACAUUAGCACUGGGCCAGGCAGUCAGCACAGUGAUGCUAGCAUUGGGUCACUCAGUGACUACAAAACAGCCAGUGUUAGACCAACCAAUCACAGGAGAGCAGUUAACAUUGAGCCAACCAUCCAUGGCAGCAGACACAGUGCUGGUAUUGGAAAUAAAGCCAGUUUUGGACUAACCGGUAACAGAAGCAGCGCUAACACUGGAUGUACACCACCAGGAGAGAGUCUCUGUUUGAUGGACAGACAUUUUUCUCCACCACUUCAUCUUCUCCACAAACCUCUUCUUCAGACCAACUAUGGAUCCUGCAACAGUCUUCCUCCUGGUUUCAAGGUGCAGGAUCAGCAGUCAGAUCCAGAAGCGUCCAGCAGGAGGCGCUCCACCCAGUCAGACUCAGCAAUGCUGCCCAGUAACGUCUAUUUCCAGCAGACCUCACCACUCCCCACCUCACCAUGCAAAACCAGAGGGAGGUCACGGAGACAAAGAGUCAAGGAGGAGGCGAUAAACAGGACUCUGGAUAAAGCCUUGGAGGCGGCUCUUAUGAUGAAGCAGACCACAGACCGCAUGGCUAAAACUCUGUCUGCAGACCUGGCUAAGGUCCAGAUCUACAGGAAGUUUCACAGCCUCCAUCCUCUCAGCGACAUGGAGCAGGCCUGACUGUGACUCACAUGGCACACUUCAUUAACUGCUCUUCUGUAAACCUCCUGAAGCUUUUGGAUCUUAUAAAAGGCUAUAUAGAAAUUCUUUAUGGAAACUGUAUGUAUAAUCUAUGGAUGCUUUAUGGAAAAUGAUUGGGAACUCUGACAACAGAGCAGAAACUGAUUUUGGAUUAAAUUAUUUCUAAUGGUAAAA